AGUUUUUUUGACAAACCUCAGCACGCGAUUCAGUUCGCUAGAGGUCCUGAAGCCAUGCCUGGUCGCACAGCACUCCUGUUGGCAGCUGCUAUGCUGGGCGCAUUUGCUUGGCAAAGCGCCUUCGUCCAAACUCCUGGAGCCAGUGCAAAGGUCAGCAGCCCUGUUCAACUGAGGGCCACCGGACGUGCCGCGGACACGGUGGAUGCACAGGAUGAGGGUGUUGCUCCAUUGGCAUCCCUCAGCUUCGGCAUCAUGGCAGGCCUUUUGGUAGCACUGGCCGGCGCUUCCCCGGCUUUGGCUCAGCGAAAUCAGUUUGCCGGCAGCGGCAAUAAUGAUGAGGAGCUCAAGAAGCUGGAUGUGGGAGCCAAGUCGAGCGGUUUGUUGAAGGAGCUGGGCAGCACUGCUGGUGACCCAAAGUGGGACGCAAAGGAGAAGUUGGUCUACUUGGCUGACAACAUCGAGAACAAGGAGGACAA